GCGGCUGAUUUCAGGUGGUAGUGCCACUGUACAUCUCCCCGACAUUGACAUAUUUAUCCUCUACUACUCCUGCGCCUUCAUAAACCGCACAAGAGCAUUUUAGAAUCCUGGCUGUAUGGCUUUGGCUUAUUAAGAACUGGCUCUUCUCGCCUACAGUUUUUGUACCUCCCAGCACUCAGAAUGUCAGGCUCCAGUUCUCCUAAAUGUACUCCCAAAUCUUUACCUACUUCUGGGCAGAAGUCUCUACAUGACAUCAAGCACCCUCUGAGCUGUUCCCCUGGGGCAGAGGAUGAUGCAGCAGCAGCAGCAGGUGAAAAUGGAGCAGUUAUUAUUGAUUCUCCAAGCCCGGAUCUACCCCAUACUGAGCCCAGCAGCAUAGCAGAUAAGGACCUGAGUUUGCCCAAUGGUACUCCAGCAGACACAUCCAGCCCAGCAUCCUCAUCGUCACUUCUCAACAGACUGCAGUUGGAUGAUGACUUGGAUGGUGAGACAAGGGACCUUUUUGUUACAGUUGAUGACCCAAAGAAACACGUGUGCACUAUGGAAACCUACAUAACCUACAGUGUGUCAACAAAGACUACGCGGACAGAAUUUGAUCUGCCAGAGUAUUCUGUACGCCGACGGUACCAAGACUUUGAUUGGCUAAGGAAUAAACUUGAAGAAACCCAACCCACCCACUUCAUUCCCCCACUUCCUGAGAAAUUUGUGGUGAAAGGAGUUGUUGACCGCUUUUCUGAAGAGUUUGUGGAGACCAGGAGAAAAGCUUUGGACAAAUUUCUUAAGAGGAUUGCGGAUCAUCCAGUCUUGUCCUUUAAUGAACAUUUUAAUGUGUUUCUAACAGCCAAGGACCUGAACAGCCACAAAAAACAGGGUGUUACUCUGCUUUCAAAAAUGGGAGAGUCUGUGCGAUAUGUGACAAGUGGUUACAAACUCCGGAACCGUCCUGCGGAAUUUGCCACCGUAACAGAUUACUUGGACACAUUUGCACUGAAGCUUGGCACAAUUGACAGAAUAGCACAACGCAUUAUCAAAGAGGAAGUGGAAUACUUAAUGGAGCUUCGAGAGUAUGGACCUGUAUACUCCACGUGGAGUGGGUUGGAAAAGGAGUUAAAUGAGCCUCUGGAGGGAGUGUCAGCCUGUGUUGGAAACUGCUGCACGGCACUGGAAGAGCUAACAGAAGACAUGUCAGAGGACUUUAUGCCUGUGAUCAGAGAAUAUAUUCUAUACUCUGAAUCUAUGAAGACAGUUUUAAAGAAAAGGGAUCAAGUACAAGCAGAGUAUGAGGCCAAAUCAGAGGCUGCUGCCUUGAAAAGAGAAGAGCGAUCUACGGUGCCAACGGAUGUAGAGAAGUGCCAGGAUAAGGUAGAAUGUUUUAAUGCAGAUCUGAAAGCGGACAUGGACCGGUGGCAGAAUAACAAGAGGCAAGACUUCCGGCAGCUGCUUAUGGGAGUGGCUGACAAAAACAUCCAGUACUAUGAAAAGUGCCUUACAGCCUGGGAGUCCAUUAUACCACUGCUACAAGACAAACAGGAACCAAAGUAAGCAUUCCUUAAAUGAAAGGACACUGCACCAUGUUGUGAGUUUGCUAGGGCUGACACCAGCUGUAGAACUUACAAACCCAAUGACUGUAGACUGCAUUGAUCUUUUUAACACGGUGCAUUCUAUGAAACCCACAGAUUUCCUAUUUUGUUUCUACACUCUGAGGUUUUUUUCUUUUGUUUGCCUCUUGUAAAGGCACCAAGGACUCACAAAUUGGUUUGGUCUUCAGCUCCACCAGCAACAACAUUUCUUGUGAUCUGUAAAAAAAGAGCCUUCACUUUAUAUGACAAACAUGCAUACCAUCUGAAGUUUCAUAACACUAAACUCACAUCAACUAUUGUGAAGAACCUGUUGAGUGCAAUUAAAACAUGUCAUUAUGAUGCCAUAUUACUCUGAGUGGAUUUCCAGAAAGACCCGUUUUUUUUAUACGGUUUAUCUCCACUAUCUGUGGCCAACUUUUUUCCUGUGUACAUCUGACUAGGGAUCCAAUUUUUUAUGUGCGCGUGUGUGCAGUCCAAAUUUUACCUCUGAAUGUUUAUAGGAGCGUCUGGUCAGCAUGAACUUUAUUGGUAAACGUGGCAUGAAGUAAUCCCUGUUUGAUGUUCUUUUUGCCAUCCCCAAAAUUGGAAUGCAGUCUGUUGUACCUCUGCACAUGGAGCCAGGUCUUGGGUAUUAUUUUUGUUUACACUGGGGCCUUAUAUGAAGUCUAUCAAAGGGAACAUCAGUCAGAGACAUUUUUGGGGGUUUUCUUGAAAAUAAGUUCCAAAAGGAAAUUUAAAAUACAUGUUUAUGAUUUUUUUUUUUAAAUAAAAAUAAUUUAAAAA